AUGUUUGUUGUUUUGCUAUGCAAAUGGUUGAAUUUUUAUAAGCCGACACCUGAAGAUGGGCCUGAAAGGCCUAGGCUACGAAGAAAAAUCGAGAUUCCGGUGGAACGCGUCGAAUUUUCGACACAAGCCUAUAUUCAAAGUGAUGUUUCCACGCAAAUGUCCGCUUUGGGCGCCAAAGUCGAAUGUAAUAUUGAAAUUGCGGAAAUCGAGGAGAAAAAGAGGUUUAGCUUCUUCGUCCGGGAACCUGUGAAGUCACCCGAGCCCCCAAAAUUCGUCCCAGUUUCCCAUAUCCCGAAAACGCAUUUGGCACACUCGAAGGAGCUGAGAAGGUCCAAAUCGCCGGAUAUUUCGAUAAAUGAGCCGGAGCAUUUUGUGGAAGAAGUGGAAGUUAUGGAAACUUUGGUUGAAGAGGAGACGAGUCUCGCGGAAGAUUUGGAGAAAUUUGAGGAAGAUGAUAAUUUGGAGGAAACUGCUGGCUCGCCGAUGAUUGUUAUUACUGAAGCGGAAGUUGAAAAAUCAAUUUUGGAAGGUUUGGAGACUGAAAAUUUGGAAAAUUUGGACCAAGGAGCUGAGAAAUCGCACGAUUCUGGUCAGGUUUUGAGCGAAGAAGCUGAAAAUUCCACCGAAAAUGCGUCCGAAAUUCUACUGGAGGCGGCUCAGAACCUCCCAGAACUCUCAGAAUCCGAAAAACCCUCCCAAGGGACCAUUCUAAACCAAUUAGAAGCCCAAACGGAGCUCUCCCAACCUGAAAGCUCUCAAAAAUCCCCAAUUCUUUCGCGAUCUCGAUCUCCAACAAUUAUAAUAACAUCCGCGGAACCUGAAAAAAUCGAAAACGAUGAUGAAAUUAGCGAUUUGGUGGUUAGUAGAGCGGAAACAACAUCGAGCGAACAACAAGAAAAUUGUGAAGAAGAAGAGGAAAAGAUGUCUUCGUGUUAUUCUGACGAAGCAUCGUGUUCCAUUUCGAGCUCGACAACUUCUGAAUCUAGAUCAGAAGUGGUCGAAGAAUGGAAUUCGCAAGUGGAUGAAGAAGAAGAGGAGGUGACGUCGUGUAGAUCUGAAGAAGAAUCGGUGAGAAUUUCUGUAGAAGAAGAAGAAGAAGAGGAACCUUCGAUUUAUGAGAACUUGCCUGGAACUUCUAGAGAAUCUGCAACUGAGGAAGAACUUGGUUCUGAUGUUAUGGAUGAGGAGGAAGAUUCUGAAGAUCUAGAGGAAUCUGAAUUCGGAUCAACUGAUUUGGAAAUUGAGAUGUUUGAUCAUCGAAUCGAUAUUCCGUCGACGUCACUGACGAUUCCGAGGCCGAAAUUGUUGAAGAGACCGUUAGUUUUUCUAGGAUUUCUGUAGAGAAAAUCCAUGUGGAAUUCAGAAAAUCUAAAAAAAAAUGGAAUUUUUCUGUUGCUAUAAUCUUGGAAUUUUCCAUUCCAAAAACUGAAAAAUCUCGAUUUGUUCAUGGAAUUUUCGAAUUUCGAGCUCUGAAAAUUCCACGUGGAUUUUCACCACAACAAAUCCGAAAAUUUUUCGAUCUCUGAAAAUUCCACGUGGAUUUUCACCAAAACAAAUCUGAAAAUUUCGCGAUCUGUGAAAAUAUCCCGAAAAUUUUAGGUUUCAAAAAAUUUCCUAAUAUUUUCAAUUUAAUUUUUUUAAUUAGUACCUGUGUUUUCCCUUUUUAAAAAAAUUAAUCAAUAUUUUUCUGUUUCUUCUUGGUCUACAUAAAACUCUUUCGGAAAUCAGAAGAUUUUAUGAAUCCACGUGGAAAAUUGAAUUUAAUUCUGAAAUUUUCUUAUCUUCAAAAAUAAGGAAUCAAUAUUUUUCUUUGUUUUUUUUCCUGUCAGAAAAAGAGAAGAAAAAUGAUGGAUUGUUGUUGUUUUGGGUCAAAAUUUGUGGUCAGAAAAAAAGUUUUUUGUUUAAAAAAAAAACUUGGAGGAUAAAAACUUGGAGGUUUUCUUUAAUUUCAGAAAUGAGGUGAAUGCGAACAAUUUCAACAAAAGUCUGAGCCCGGGAAGAAGCGAUUCACCUGGCGCCGCAAUGCCAUUGGAUAGAUCGGAAUCUGGAGAUGAGAUUGUGAGUUUUUGGCUGGAAAUCUGACUGAAAUUAGUCAUGAAUUGACCGAAAAUAGAAAAAAAAUCGAUUUUCUCCUUUAAAAAAUGAUCCUGAAUAUAUAUAAUUUAUUCAAUAUAAAAAUUUUGAAUGCCGAAAAUUCAACAAUUUCUUGAAACGUAAAAAAUUCGGGAUUAUUUUUUUUUGAUGGAAAAAUAGAUUUUCUGCUGAAAAUUGCGAAUUUUUGGUCAUUUAUGCUGAAUUUUUCAGAAAAAAAUUUAUAAAAUACAUUUAAAAAAUCAGGAAAAUCUCGAAAAAUUUUCAGAAAAACUAACAAUUUUAAUACCAAAAUUACACCCUAUUUUCCCCCGAAAAAAUCCAGAAAAAAUACAAUUAUUUCCAAAACUCCUCCAUUUUCCUCUUCAAAACCCCAAAUUUCUGAUUUUCCUGCAGAAAUCCGAAGAAGAAGUGCUUGGUUCAGACGACGAAGAACAAGAAGAUCCACACGAUUAUAAAAAAGGAGGAUAUCAUCCAGUCAACAUUGGCGACGUCUUCAAUAAUCGAUAUCAUGUGAUUCGAAAACUUGGCUGGGGACACUUCUCAACAGUUUGGCUAUGUUGGGACACGCAAACCAAACGAUUUGUCGCCAUGAAAAUCGUCAAAUCCGCCGAACAUUAUACAGAGGCCGCACUUGAUGAGAUCAAAUUGUUGUUGGCUGUAAGAGAUGCGGAUAGAGAGGAUCCGGGUUGUGAGAAGAUUGUGCAGCUGUUGGAUGAGUUUACGGUGCAUGGCAUUAAUGGAGUACAUGUUGCUAUGGUUUUUGAGGUGAGGAGAGGGGUUUUUUAUUCGAAAUUUGAGGUUUCGAGCUGGAAAAUCGAAAAAUGUCUAAAAUCGAGACAUUUGGCCUGCAAAAUUAUGAAUUUCAGUAGAAUUUUUUGCUCAAAAUAAUUUUGAAAAAUUAGAAGUUUUGAAGUAAAAUUGAAAAAUAUUUGAUCUUCGAGCUCUAAAUUGAAAAAUUUUGGGGUUUUUUACAUGGAAACCUUGAAUUUUAGACAAAAUGGUCCUAAUUUUAUGACAGAAAUCCUGAUUUUCACUUCUAAAUUUGAGAUUUCAGGUAAAAAUUGGAAAAACUAGCGUUUCGAGCCUGAAAUUAUCUGAAAAUUCAAGAUUUUUCAGCCUGGUUUCAGGCCUAAAGAUCUGAAGAAGGCUAGAAAACGUGGAUUUUCGAGUUCUAAAUUGAAAAUUUUGGGUUUUUUAUCUGGAAACCUUGAAUUUGAGCAAAUUGCCUGAUUUUCAUCAUAGAAACUCGAUUUUUGGACUAAUUUUUAGACAAAAUGACCCAAAUUUUAGGCUAGAAAUCCUGAUUUUUACUUGAAAAUAUGGCUUUUUUGGUGAAUUUUGAACUGAAAUCUUCAAAAUUCGCAAAUUUUCCGACAAAAAAUUGCACCCAAGAGAAAAUGACUAGUUUUUACCCGAGAAAGAAGGAAAAUCUAGGUUUUGCGCUGAAAUAUCGAAAAAUGUCUGAAAUCGAGACAUUUGGCCUGCAAAAUUGUGAAUUUCUGUAGAAUUUUUUGAACUAAAAUCAAAAAAUGUUUGAUCUUCGAGCUCUAAAUUGAAAAAUUUGGGGUUUUUCACAUGGAAACCUUGAAUUUGAGCUUUGAAACCCCUAUUUUUGAGCUGGAAUUCAAUAAAAGUGUUUGAUUUUUUCAACCUGGAAACAUUUUAUUUUGGACUAAUUUUUAGACAAAAUGGCCCAAAUUUUAAGCUAGAAAUUCUGAUUUUCACUUCUAAAUUUCGAAUUUCAAUGAAAAUCUGGCGUUUUUUGGUGAAUUUCGAACUGAAAUCUUCAAAAUUCCCAAAUUUUCCGCCAAAAAUGCCACCCAAGAGAAAAUACCUAGUUUUUUACCCAGGAAAGAAGGAAAUUCUAGGUUUUGAACUGAAAAAUUGGUUUUUUAAACCAAAAAUCGGAAAAGGUCUGAAAAUUAUGAAUUUCAGUAGAAUUUUCGCUCAAAAUAAUUUUGAAAAUCAGAAGUUUUGAACUAGGAAUUAUGAAAAAUGUUGGGCUAGAAUCUUGAAGUUUCGAACUAAAAUUGAAAAAUGUUUCACCUGAAGAAGGCUAGAAAACGUGGAUUUUCGAGCUCUAAAUUGAAAAAUUUGGGGUUUUUUUUAUAUGGAAACCUUGAAUUUGAGCUAAAAUUCAUUUGAGACAAAAUGGCCCAAAUUUUAUGACAGAAAUCCUGAUUUUUACUGAAAAAUUCGAAUUUCAAUGAAAAUCUGACUUUUUUGGUGAAUUUUGAACUGAAAUCUAGUAAUAUCCCUGGUAAAACUCCGUAUUCAAAUAGCCGCGGUGCACACAAAACGCGCCAACGUCAAAGCACUGACGUGUUUGUGUUGCGCAUUUCUGGUUUUGCUUUGUUUUUCAAGGUUUCAAACCGAGUUGAGCUUUUACUUGUUUUUCUAGGGUUUUAGUAGGUUUUGUGUCUCGGGACGGUCCUAAACCGUCCCCCUUCUUGUCAUAAAAUGAUUUGCGAUCAAUAAAUGAUUGCAUUUCAACCUGUUCGUGUAUUUAUCGUUUGCACAGGGGUGCGAACACGACAUGCGCCAGCAAAAUGCGCGAGGUGUAUGGUUUUGUGUGUGUUUGUCUGCGUCUCUUCAUACAAACACACUCUCUCGCCACUGAAAUUUUUUUUUGUUUUUUUUCUGAGAAUCCGAUUCAAAACCGACUUUUUCGAAGUAGUUCUAUAUGUGAGGAGAUAGAGGAAGGCAAUACAAACAAAAUUAUAUAUUUUUAGUUUGAUUUUAAAAAAUACUGGAGCGAGAAAUUGAAGUUUUUGAACCAUGACCUCGAAAACAAAGUUUCGGGGCUUUCAGAGUGUGAAUACUGCUAUUUUCCAACAGUUUUGUAUGUAUUCUGUGAUUUUCGACCGAUAUUAUACAAGAUCUUAUGAAACUAUUCUUACAUUUUUCCAGUAAAAGAAGGUACCCAUCUUUUAUGAGGGGUUUCUCUGAUAACAGCUCAUUAGUAGUAUAUUAUUUUUACUCAAAAUCAUUCAGAACAAUGUUAAAUAUCGAAUACUAUGACAUUUUUCGAAAUUCUAGAUCGAGAAGUCCAAUUGUUCAACGUUUCUUCUAAGUGAAUUUUUCCUGUUCUAGCGCUGUUACCUUACUUUCAAAAAUCAAGAAACCUAUCGAAAAUAGCAUUGGAUUCAUUGUGAUUACAUCCCACCCUCCUUCUGACAUGAAAAAUUGAAAUUAAACCAAAAUUAAGCAAAAACAGAUUUUUCAUUGAAAAAAUGGUCUGUCUUCAAAUGGCAUCAGCACCUUUCAUUCAGCACCGAUCUUCAUCAUUGAGGUCUCAAAAGAAUGCUAAUGUGAUUUUCUAUCUCGAAUACUCCUUAAGAAGUUGUGAAAAACACCCAUCAACUCGUAAAUCUCUUCGAAACUCGAAAAAACGAUUUUUUGCAAAAGAAAAAAAAGUCGAUGUUGAAAGUGCGCUCUAUUGAUAAAAAUUGAAAUGCGCCAGCGCCCGCGCGAUUCAAAAUUAUGUAGUGUGCGCACCCCUGUGGUUUGUGUAAAGUGGUUGUGAUCCACUUCAAUCUUUGUUGCUGGAAAGGAGUUCAAGGGAACCAAACCUUGAACUGCCUACUUGGGGGCCGAACUAAAACCGAUCGAGGAACCAGAUGGACUUGGCGAAUCGAGAGGAAAUAUGGAUUGUUGGAUUUUCGUCGCAACUCAAAGAAAUCUUUGAGCGAAUGAAGAUUUAUUUGAUUUAUUGAUCGAUAUGCUGCUUAUUCGUUUAUUUUGUUCGUGCUGGGGGGUUCGACGCGACAUUUGUCGGAAUCCGGCAAACGUAACUGUCUGAAUCAGAUAGUUUAUGUCGUCGUUGACCUAAAAUCGUCAAUUUAUUCGUAUUUUUGCAGUCCGACAACUCCAUAUCAACAAAACUGGCAAUAUUGAGACAUCCGAUUGAAAUAUUAUGGAUUGGAAUGACAAUGGAUGGGGUUUUGCGAGAUGAAAAUCGAAAAAAUCGAGAAUUCGAUAUCAGGAGUUUGUGGAAGAUGGUGAAUCGGAAGAAAUGUAGCUGGAAGUGGAGCAGAAGGUCGAUUGGUGAAAUCGAGAUGAUUUGGAUGCCAGAGGAAGCUCCAAAACCUGUUCGCAUGGAGGAUAUGUUGUCUGAAGAUUGUUGGAAGCAAAUGGAAAAAGAGUCAGAAUUUGGAAGAGGAGGAAGCUACUCGAAGGGUCGAGGGAUAGGUGCGAAGUAAAAGGGUAGGAAAUCCUGCACCGAAGUCCGAAAAUAGCAACUCCAUGGAUAAUGGAAGCGAUCGAACGUCAUUUAAUGGUUAUUUGGCGCCAAGGUGGACACCCAGGUGAACGUGUUUCGAUGCGCUGAAGUUUGGUUAUACUUCCGAAGGAUGAAAUUUGGCUGAAUGGUGCAAGAUAUUGGUGUGGUGUAUGGCCAAAGCAUCGGAACCAAGCACAAAAUUAUUGGAAAAAUGGCGCUGGAGACGCUGGAAAUUGGAAGAAAAUGAAUGGUGAAGAUGAAAGAAAUCAUGGUGAAGAUUCAAUUGGAUGCGCGUCGUGGAGUCUGGAUGUUCGGAGGUCGAAAGUAGAUAGGGAUCGAAAUCGAUGAGAAAUAGGAUUCCGAUGGCAUGGAUUGAUGAUUUAUGAAUUUGUUGAACAGAAAGUUGAUGUGGAUUGAAUGGUUGAUGGAAAGAUUGGUAUGAUGGGAUGAGUUCAAAAUCGAUAUCAAACGGUGUUGAUGAUCGACAACAAUUGGAUAAAUAAAUGAGGUGUAAUUUGUUUAUUUUUUGUUAACUCAUGCCCUAAGCUCUGCCAACUCUACGGUUUUGUAGUAAAGCCGGGACGGCUUUUUUGAAGGAGGGGGAAGUAAUAUCCCUGGUAAAACUCCGUAUUCAAAUAGCCGCGGUGCACACAAAACGCGCCAACGUCAAAGCACUGACGUGUUUGUGUUGCGCAUUUCUGGUUUUGCUUUGUUUUUCAAGGUUUCAAACCGAGUUGAGCUUUUACUUGUUUUUCUAGGGUUUUAGUAGGUUUUGUGUCUCGGGACGGUCCUAAACCGUCCCCCUUCUUGUCAUAAAAUGAUUUGCGAUCAAUAAAUGAUUGCAUUUCAACCUGUUCGUGUAUUUAUCGUUUGUGUAAAGUGGUUGUGAUCCACUUCAAUCUUUGUUGCUGGAAAGGAGUUCAAGGGAACCAAACCUUGAACUGCCUACUAUCUUCAAAAUUCCCAAAUUUGCCACCCAAGAGAAAAUGACUAGUUUUUUACCCGGAAAAGAAGGAAAAUCUAGGUUUUGAGCUGAAAAAUCGAAAAAUGUCUGAAAUCGAGACAAUUGGCCUGCAAAAUUAUGAAUUUCAGUAGAAUUUUCGAACUAAAAUUGAAAAAUGUUUGAUCUUGGAGCUCUAAAUUGAAAAUUUGGGGUUUUUUACAUGGAAACCUUGAAUUUUAGACAAAAUGGCCUAAAUUUUAAGCUGGAAAUCCUGAUUUUUACUGAAAAAUUCGAAUUUUAAUGAAAAUCUGGCAUUUUUUAGUGAAUUUUUAACUGAAAUUUUCAAAAUUCCCAAAUUUCCCGGAAAAAUUCCACCCAAGAGAAAAUGACUAGUUUUUACCCGAGAAAGUAGGAAAAUUUAGGUUUUGAGCUGAAAAAUCGGAAAAUGUCUGCAAAAUUAUGAAUUUCAGUAGGAUUUUUUGAACCAAAAUUGAAAAAUAUUUGAUCUUCGAGCUCUAAAUUGAAAAAUUUGGGGUUUUUUUUUACAUGGAAACCGUGAAUUUUGAACUAAAAUCUUCAAAAUUCCCAAAUUUUUCGGCAAAAAUUCCAUCCCACAUUCCAUUUUUCCAGGUUCUUGGCUACAAUUUGCUGAAACUCAUAAUCCGCUCAAAUUAUCGUGGUUUGCAUCUGGAACAGGUUCGAAAAAUUUGUCGACAAAUCUUGGAAGCCUUGGCCUAUAUGCACGAAAAAUGCCAAAUUAUUCAUACGGAUAUCAAACCCGAAAAUGUGUUGAUUACAAUGAGUCGAGAGGAGGUUAAGGUUGGUAAUUUUAGGAGAUUUUGGGACUGAAAAAUGUAAAAAUUGGUUGAAAAUGUGAAAUUUUGACCUAAAAUCAACCCCAAAAGUCUAAAAUUCACUAAAAAUCCCAUUUUCCAAACUGAAAUUAACCUCAAAUUCUUCCAGAUCAUGGCUCAACACGCAGUUGUUGCUCGAAAAAUGAACAUGAAAUUGAGCGGUUCGGCUGUAUCGACAGCUCCAAUGCAUAUGCAGAAAAAGGUGAGAUUUUGACUAGAAAUUUGGAUUUUUCAUCGAAUUUUGAUCGAAAAUUGUGAAAUUUCGUGAUUUUUCACCCUGAACCUACAAAUCUUUGAAUUUUCAUUUCGCAGAUCCAGGAAAAUAUUUCGAAAAACAAAAAGAAGAAGCUGAAAAAGAAGGCGAAAAAGCAACGCGAGAAAUUGGAGGCCGAAUUGGCCGGAUUAGAGGGAUUGAAAAUGGAUGCGAAUGGGCUGCAAGAGGCUUAUCAGAAUGCGCCGGUUAGUUUUGGGAAUUUUGAAAAUUUUGGGAAAUUUGGAGAAAAAUGAACUAGAAUUCAGGAAAUUUGGAGCAUUUUGAGCUAGAAUUCUGAAUUUUUGAAAAAAAAAGAUUUUUUGAAUUUUCAAAAUUGGCGCUCAGUAGUCCGGUAGUCCUUCUGGAAAAUAUAAAAAUUUGAAAAAUGUACUUACAGUAGUCCUUUUGAAAAAUUUUAAAUUUGAAAAAUUUACUUACACUCCUUUUGAAAAAUGUAAAAAUUUGAAAAAUUUACUUACAGUAGUCCUUUUGGAAAAUUUAAAAUUUGAAAAAUGUACUUACAGUAGUCCUUACAGUAGUCCUUUUGAAAAAUUUAUCACAAUUUUCUUGGGAUACUGUAUGCGCUGAAUUUGAAUUUGAAAACCUCAUAUUUUUGCGCUAGAUUUCUGAAAAUUUGGUAAGUUCAGCAAAUUUACAAAGAAUUUAAGCUAGAAUUCAUGAAAAUUGAGAUUUUUCAAAUUUUUUCCGCAAAAAACCCGAAACCCAAAAAAAAUCUGUAGCAAAGUGCGCGUAUGAUCCGUCCUCCUUCAUUGAUUUUCAACAAUUCUGCUCCAAAAUCGGCUCCGCCCACUUCUUCUGGCUCAAUGCCAAAUUUUCAACAACAACCUCAACAACUCGGUCAAAUUCCGCAACUUGUUCAAGGCGCCGCCCGAUUUUCUCAACCACAAAUUGGUGGAAUUUGUAAUCAGACUUAUCAUUUGAUACAGGUUCGAAUUGAGAAUGUGUUGUGAUUUUGUUGAGAGCAUGCCAAUCCUUUUUUUCUGUGGUUUUCGUUGGGAAAAUUGGGAUUUUUUCAUUCAGAAGCAUGAAUUUAAGCCUGAAAUAUGGGAUUUUUGAGGUUUUUUGGGCUGAAAAUUGGAUGGAAGUUGAAUUUUUGGACCUGAAAGCCUGGAAUCAUGAUUUUUAGCUCGUUUUGAGCCCAGAAUAUUCGAAAAUUUGAAUUUUCGAACCUAAAGCUUCUAAAAUUCAGGAUUUUCAGCUGGAAAUUUGAGAUUUUCAAGAUUUUUUGAGCUAAAAAUCGUCCAGAAGCUGAAUUUUUGCUGAAAGCCUGAAAUCAUGAUUUUUAGCUCGUUUUGAGCCCAGAAUAUUCGAAAAUUUGAAUUUUCAAACGAAGCUUCUGAAAUUCAGGAUUUUCAGCUGGAAAUUCGAGAUUUUCGAGGUUUUUUGAGCUAAAAAUCGUUCAGAAGCUGAAUUUUUGGACCUGAAAGCCUGAAAUCAUGAUUUUUAGCUCGUUUUGAGCCCAGAAAAUUCGAAAAUUUGAAUUUUUGAACCUAAAGCUUCUGAAAUUCUGGAUUUUCAAGAUUUUUUGAGCUAAAACUCAUCCAGAAGCUGAAUUUUUGCUAAAAGCCUGAAAUAUCAAUAUGUGAACCUGAAAUCAUGAUUUUUAGCUCGUUUUGAGCCCAGAAUAUUCAAAAAUUUGAAUUUUCGAACCUAAAGCUUCUGAAAUUCAGGAUUUUCAGCUGGAAAUUCCAGUUUCUCAUUAUUUUUUACCAUUGGAUUUUUUGAGCCUAAAAUUUGAAAAAUUUAGGUUUUCUAAUCCUGAAAAUUAAACUUUUUCUGGAAAAAUUUGAAAAUUUCAAGAUUUUUGAAAAUAUAAGAUCUUAAAAAUUCUGAAAAUUGAUUUUUUACUACCAAAAAAACAGCACGCAGUCUAAAAUUUUCUUCGUUGUAACUCUAUUUUUUUUUGCACACAAAAAUAUUUGAGUUCCCUAUUUUUCACCCUAUUUUUUCAUUUCCCUCACCCUGUUUUUCCACCCAUAAUCCAAUUUUUUACAGGAAGACGGAGGUGCAAGUUUGGAGGCGACACGUGUCGAAGAUUUGUCGGAAAAUGAGGAGGAGGAUUUGAAUAAUGGCAAUAAUCAGCAGCAACAAAUCAAGAGUCCCGCACAAAUUGGAAGAGGAACUGCUUCGCCGUUGUCGGAAUCGGAAUGUGGUGUGAAGAGUCCAGGUGAGGGGGUCAAAAUGAGCCGGAAUUUGGGAUUUUUGAAGACAUUUGAGCUGAAAUUCGAGAUUUUUGAUGAAAUUUGAGCUGAGCAACAGGUUUUUAGUUCAGAAUGAUCUAAAAUUCGGGAUUUUUGAGCGAAAAUAGGCCUAGAAAAAAGCAGGGGCCUGAAAUCAGCCUAUUCAGGCUUCUAGAUUUUUGUGUUCUGAACAUGCCUAUAAAUUUUGUGAUUUUUGAGAUGAACUUCAGGUUUUUAGUCCAGAAUACCCUCAUAUUCGAGAUUUUUGAAGAAAUUCAGGCCUAGAAAAAUGCAGGGGUCUUAAAAUAGCCUAGAAUUGGGAGACAGGACUGAAAAAAGCCCAAAACUGUGAAAUUUGAAUGAAAAAUUUUUUCCUGAAAUAAAGGGGCCUGAAACGAGCUUAUUCAGACAUAUAAGGCUAAAUCACAGUUUUUCCAAAAAAAAAUUUCAGAAAUUUUGUGAUUUUUGAGCAAAUUUUAGCGGAAAUGACCCAAAAUUCCAGAUUCUUGAAGAAAUUUAGGUCUAGAAAAAAGAGGCCUUAAAAUAGCCUAGAAUUGGAGGACAGAGCUCAAAACUGAAAAAUGGCCUGAAAUGUUUGGAAUUUUUGAGCAAUUUGACCUAAAAUAAGCUAGAGUUUGAGAUUUUUGAGCAAAAAUAGGCCUUAAAUUUCGCCUAGAAUUCGUCAGCCCAGCCUAAAAUAAGCCUGAAUCGCAGUUUUUUGAAUAAUUUGAAUUUUCGGCUGGAAAUCUUGAAAGCCUACAUAGCCUUAGAUUUUUGUGUAGUGAUUUUUGAGCUGAGCAUCAGGUUUUUGGUCCAGAAUACUCUUAUUUUCGAGAUUUUUGAAGAAAUUUGGGAAAAACAGUGAAACACCGUGUAAAAUGGAUUGAGAAAAUGCAGUUUUUUGAAGAAUUUUAUUUAAAUUUCCCGAAAAAUAGUGAAUUUAUAUUAAUUUUGAGCGAAAAAUGUUCAAAAACUUUCAGAAUUUCCCCAAAUUUCCCCCUAUUUUCAGUCGAAAUUCAAUCACCAUCCCAUCCAUUUUCUGCAUCAUCUCUAACUGGAAUAUUGCCAGCUCCACCCGUUGGCCCCGAUCUCUCAGAUCCAUAUUGUGAUAUCGAGGUGAAAAUUGCGGAUUUGGGCAACGCCUGCUGGACUUAUCAUCAUUUCACCGAAGAUAUUCAAACACGACAAUAUCGAGCAUUGGAAGUGUUGAUUGGAGCCGGUUAUGGAACUCCAGCUGAUAUUUGGAGCACUGCUUGUAUGGUGAGUGGAUUGGGAAACGGUUUUGGAGCAUUUUGAUAGAAAAUUCGACGAUUUUUGGGUCUUGAAACGAUUUUUGGGCCCUCUCAGGGUUACUGUAGAUGAUUUUUGGCGGUUUCUUUGAAAAAAUCAAAUUGCUCAUGUUAAUUCUGCAAAAUCUCCCUAUUUCUAUCAAAAAUUCACCAUUGCUCAUAUUAGUUUUCUCGGGGUUUUCAAAUGCAUUGCUCAUAUUAGCUUUGAGAAUUGAAAAAAACCCUAAAAAUUAUAAGAUUACUCAUAUCAAUCUUUGAAAAUUCUCCAAUUUUCAAGACAUUGCUCAUAUUAGCAAAAAAUAAAAUUGUUCAAUCUAAAAGCAACCAUUGCUCAUAUUAGCCAUGAAAAAUUAAAAAAGAAUUCUGACUCCAAGAAUUAAGGCAUUGCUCAUAUUAAUCUAGAUUUUUCAAACUAUUGCUCAUAUUAACGUGAUUUUCGACCAAAAAAAGUAUAGCAUUGCUCAUAUUACCUGUUUUUAAAGCAUUCAAGACCGAAUCAUUGCUCAUAUUAGCCAUGAAAAAUUAAAAAUAAAAUUCUGACUCCAAGAAUUAAGGCAUUGCUCAUAUUAGCCCAGAAUUUCCAAAAAUUCUAGAUUUUUCAAACUAUAUUGCUCAUAUUACCCUCUUUCUAGGCGUUCGAAUUGGCAACCGGUGAUUAUUUAUUCGAACCACAUCAAGGUGAUAACUAUUCUCGCGACGAAGAUCAUUUGGCUCAUAUUUCCGAAUUACUUGGCCGAGUUCCCGAAUCGGUCUAUAAAAAAGGCAAACAUUGGCGUGAUUUCUUCACAAAAAACGGACAAUUAUUGCAUAUUCGUGUGCUGAAACCGUGGACUUUGUACGAUGUAUUACGACAAAAAUAUGAGUGGUCACACGAGGAUGCUGCACAAUUUUCGAGCUUUUUGGUGCCAAUGUUGACGUUUGAUACGGUAUGUUUUGAUUUGGGGAGCAUUUUGAUAUCAAAUUCGAGUGGUUUUGGUGAAAAUUGAGGGGUUAUAGCAAAAAUGCUGAAAAAUUGGACUACUGUAGUCGUGGAAUUUUGGGUUACUGUAGUUCUCUAAACUUUAGCCCCCAAAAAAUCCGAAUUUUCGCUGCCACGUGGAUUUUCCACCAAAAUUGUUGAUUUUUUGUGUCAAAAUUCCUUGGAAAAAAUGUGGAUUGCAUUUCGAAAAAUUUUGAAACAUACUUUUUCCGGGUGGAAAAAUUUGGGUGUAUUUGGUCUCAAAAUGAAGCAAUUUCGGCAUCAAAAAUUCCACGUGGCUUUUUUUUCGCCGCCUGGUUAUUUUUGAUGUCAAAAAGUUGCCCGAAAUUCUCCUCCUCUCCUCAAACAUCCUCAUUUUUCUUUGCAGGAACAACGAGCCACCGCAAGCAGCGCUCUAAAACAUCCAUUCCUUUUGCCAUUCGGCGGCGGACCACCGAAAGCAGAUUGUCCACCGGAUGUAUUGGCCAGACUAUAUCCGGAUGGAAAUAUUCCGACUCAGCGAUAUUUUUCGAGAUCGAAUACAGACACCGAACCGAUGGAACAAGAACAAGAACAGAAUAAUGAUGAUGGAAGAGAAGAGGAAAUGAUAUCUGAAAGGUUGGUGGGCAGAAAUUUGGGAUUUAUGGAGACUAGAUAUGAGUAGGGCUGAAAAAUUGGGGUUUUUUGACACCAAAAACUCUAGCUGAAAUUUUUUUUUCCGAAAAUUUCCACGUGGAUUUUUUGACACCAAAAAAUCCUAUAUUUUUGCACCCGGUAAAUGUAGGUUUCAACAUUUUUUGAAGUAAUUUUCAGACUUUUUUAAAAUGAUCUCAUGUUUGAUCUCAUCAAGAUCCAUAAAAAUUGGAAUUUUUGAACGUUUUGACACCAAAUAUGCUUGGGUGAUUUUUGGUGACGAAAAAAUUGGGGUUUUCUAUACUGAAAAUGACUAGAUGCGAUUUUUGACACCAAAAAAUCCUAUAUUUUUCCACCCGGUAAAUGUAGGUUUCAAAUAAUUUUUUUUUGAACCUGUCCAUAAUUCGUGAAAAUUAACAUUUUGUCAGAUGUAGGCCCCCAGAAAUUACAGUAAUCUCAGUGCGAAAUUCGAGUUUUUGCAGCGAUUCUGAAGAUGAUCGACAAAGUAGCCGAACACCCGAAGAAAUGCGAAGAAUUGGUGAAGAAUUUGCAAAAGCCGAAGAAAAUUCGAUAGUUCUACCCGAAAUCGCCUCAAUUCCAUCAACAUCUUCAAGUUUCCAACAACAACCACCACAAAAAUCAUCGAACAAAAAGAAGAAUAAGAAAAAGUAG